AUGGCAUUCCGACAGAGACAGAGCCGAGGGCCAUGCUAUGAUGACCCGGAAGCCGGCCCCGGCCCCAGCACCGCCAGAUUCUAUUCCAGGUCAGACACUGCACCACAUGUUAGUGAUGCUUACAACUCUACUUCAACAUCACCCGACGACGAUGCGAGAGCCCUUUACAGCGACGAGGAACUCAUAGUCACUGCUGACACGUACCCUACGCCAAACGAUGAUCACCAAGUUCCUGAUAUCCAACCUGUUGAAGAGGAAUUGGCUUCGCAUGUAGCCAUGUUUCUUCCAUCGGGCUCAUCUCAGGAUGACUUGGUCCCUCAGACGCGAAAUGGCAAGAUCCCAGGACAAAGGAGAGAAGGCUUUCGGUGGUGCAACGAGUUCGUUACUGAUGGCUUAUACAAACCAUAUUCACACGCGGAAGGUGAACCGUCGGUGGAAAUGACCACUCUUCCACCCACACGCCGCAGGGCAAUUUCACUCGAUACUUUCGACGGAAGCGCCGCAACUCCUCAGUGGCCUGGGAACGUACCAGCUGUAAGGGUUCAUCAACCUCCCUUUCCACCACCGGCAAGGAUACCUACUCCCCAGGGGUCCCAUCAUUUGGCACCCCGGAAGCCAUGGCUGCGUCUGCUCAAUUCACCAGGGGGCCAUCCCCGCCUACUACUAGUAGUUGGCGCGGACGUUCUCCCAAUGGGGCAAUCUGGAGAUUGUUUGGUCUCCAGUCCCCAAGUCAGUCUAUACCUACGCCUUCGCCUUCGCCGCCGGCCACGGCCACGGCCACGGCUGCCACAGCUAUACAAUCAGUUCGGGGUAUUGGAAGAGCGCCUGAUGGCACAAGGGUACUUGGUGGAUUCGGACCUCGACAAAGUGGCCAUGGAAUGGAUCUCGCACAAGGUUUAG